CUCAAAAAACAAACGUCCUUACUCCUCGAUGCCUUCAAAAACCCGUCUCCAUUGUGGAUUUUUGUUCAGUCACACACACAUUUCACACAGCAGAGUCUCAUCAGUCACCAGUGCCUCAUUUUCUCUCUCUAGAGCUGAACAAAACACAACAAUGGCGGUGGUGGUGCUGCUGGGCUGCAGGAUAGUGGAGCUCCUCACCUUCUGCAUGCUCCCGCUCGUCAUCUUCUCCAUUAUCUCCGUUGCAGCUGAUGAUCUCAUCUUUGUUGUCGAAUCUCUGAAUACGCGAAUGCAUAUUCAGAUUCGCUUCUUUCCUGGCUGUAUCUUUGCUGAGAAUUUUGGUGCUGGUGUAUUUCUCUUAUUCACCUCUAUAUGUGUAUAUGCAUUUAAUCAUUCACUCGUAGAAUCUGCAGACGGUGGUUCAGUCGGCAUAAACUACGGCCGUAUAGCCAACAACCUCCCCACACCACACCGAGCGGUUCAGCUCCUGAAAUCCCAUGGCGUGGACCGGGUCAAGAUCUAUGACACCGACCAAACCGUCCUCCGUGCCUUUUCUGGCUCCGGAAUCAAAGUCACCAUCAACCUCCCUAACGAGCUCCUCUCAACCGCUGCCCGCAGCCCCUCCUUUGCCCUCUCCUGGGUUCAGAACAACAUCAUUGCUUACAGCCCGUCUACAGAAAUCGAGGCCGUUGCCGUAGGCAACGAGGUCUCCCAAAACACCACCCAAUUCCUCCUCCCGGCAAUGUACAACAUCCAGAAUGCCCUCGUAAAGUACAACCUCGACAGCCAGAUCAAGGUCUCGUCCCCCAUCGCCCUCAGCUCCCUCCAGAGCUCCUACCCACCCUCCGCUGGCUCCUUCCGUUCGGAGCUGGUCAACACGGUCUUCAAGCCCAUGCUCGAUUUCCUCCGAAAAACCGGGUCGACCCUCAUGGUCAAUGUGUACCCGUUCUUCGCAUACGAGUCGAACGCUGACAAAAUCUCGCUCGAUUACGCGCUUUUCCGGUCAAACACCGGCCAAGUCGACAGCGGUAAUGGGCUGAGCUACUUUUCCCUGUUCGACGCGCAGGUGGACGCCGUUUUCGCCGCCAUGUCAGCUCUUGGGUACGACGAUGUCCCGAUCACGGUCAGCGAGACCGGGUGGCCGUCGAGGGGGGACACGAACGAGGUGGGGGCCACAGCUUCGAACGCAGCCGAAUACAAUCGGAACCUCGUCCGUCGUGUCCUGACUGGUCAGGCAGGGACUCCUCUCCGGCCGAACGCGAAACUUACAGUGUUCCUAUUUGCUCUGUUUAACGAGAACCAGAAGCCCGGGCCCACAUCCGAGAGGAACUUCGGGCUGUUUUACCCGAACGAGAGGAGAGUAUAUGACAUCCCGCUUACUCUCAAGGAGCUCAAUGGUUAUAAAGAUGGGUCGAACUCGAACUCGAACUCGAAUCGGAGUCCGCCGUCUGGUGGCGGAAGAACUGGCGGAGGCCGGCCGAGGGUGGCGGCGGGGAGCGGGCAGACGUGGUGUGUGGCGAGGAGUGAUGUGGGGUCGGAGAAGUUGCAGGCGGCCUUGGACUAUGCGUGUGGGGAAGGAGGAGCGGAUUGCCACACUAUCCAACCGGGAUCAACGUGCUUCAAUCCCAACACGCUCGAGGCACACGCAUCGUAUGCGUUCAAUAGCUAUUAUCAGAAGAAUCAGCGUACCGGGGGAACGUGCUUCUUUGGUGGAGCUGCCUAUGUCGUCUCUGAGCAGCCGAGUGAGCAUCUUCUUAUUCUCUUUACCUUCUCUUAA